GCCGAGCCGGGCCGGGCCGGGCAGCGCAGAGCACGGUCGGAGCCCCGGAGCGGUGGUCAGGAGGUGAUGAGCAUCGCGGGUCGGGUUGGCACAGCUGGGGCCGGAGCAGCAUCUCCUGCAUCCCUGAGGCCGUCCCUUGCUGAGCUCCUGUCCAUCAGCCUGCAGCCUGAGGAGGGCUCACAGACGGACCUGACCCCUUAGGCCUGCCCUGCAGCUCUGGCAUCAGUUCCGCAGGGCAGCAGAAGUCCUCCGGAGCUCCUGGGCCCAGCACCGUGGAGCCCCCACUGCAUCCUCCUGAGCUCCUCCAUGGGCUCGCAGCAGCCAGCAGCUUGCGCGGCCCCUUCGCAAGAUGAGCCACGCAGUGGCAUCACCACUGGCUGAGCUUUUGGAAGUCCUGGCUGGUUGUGUAAGCGAGGCCAAGCUGUCUGCUGCGAUUUCGGGGGGGCUCCUGCCUCCCUGCUGCCAUCCCUGAGCGGCGCUGACACCAACCACCGGCUCACGGCUCCCCAGAGCUGUGCCGCUGGGGAUGCUCUCCUGUGAGCUCCAAGCAGCAGCAGCAGCAGCAGCAGCAGCAGCAGCAGCAGGCGACCCGGAGCCAGCCGUCGGGGUCCGUUUGGGAGCUGUUGGGGAGGAGCUCUCCUCUUUGGCGCUUCCCUGGAGCAGAUGAGUGAGAAGGUGGUGAACGGGAGGGUGCCCCUGCCGGAGAAGGCUCUGUCGGAGGGCUACGCGCGGCUGCGCUACAGGGACACCUCUCUGCUCAUCUGGCAGCAGCAGCAGCAGAAGCUGGAGUCGGCGCCCCCCAACACCUACCUGAGCAGGAGCCGGAGCAUGUGGUACUCCCAGUACGGCAACGAAGCCAUCCUGGUGAGGGACAAGAACAAGCUGGACGUGCCCAGGGACACAGGGCAGUCCAAGUUCUGUGCCAUUAUGUGAUCCUUUUUAAUCACUAUUUAUUUUGUUGAGGGGGGCAGGGGUGGUGGUGGUGGCUUUGCAGCAGCAAGCCACACACAGAGACAUUGAAAAGCAAAAAGCAAAGCAGACUGGCAUCAAGUUGGGGGGCAGGGGGUGAGAUGGCUUUGUACCAUCCUCAGGACAGACCUCAAGCCCCAUGUGUAGGGGACAGGCCAGAAGGGCUGUCUGAAGUUUCUGUGUGGUGUUUGUUUGUGUUUGUUGUUGUUGUUGUUGUUAGAGUCAGGUUUUGCAUGUCAUUGAGUGUGUGUGGCAAAAAGCAGCCCCCAGCUCCUGAGCUUGUGUGCUGCUGCCUGGCAGCUUGGCAGGGUCCCUGCUGGACCAUGUGUGGCUUGUUAGUGGCUUGCGGUGCCACGAGGAGCUCCUGGUGUGGUUUGGGAGCCAUCCCAAAGUGGCAGCAGGCACUUUGCCUCUCCAGCCCUUAGGCAUUGCCAGAGCUGGUGGGGGAGAGGUGAGUGCCAAUCCACUUCCAUGGAGGCUAAGGUUUGAGGAAGGUGAUCAGCAGAACUGCUUGGCCAGAAGGUGUUCUGCUUCCCCCUCCCUGCUGCCCUGGAAGUGGUCUCUUAACCACCAGCUAAUGAAGUGAUUUAUUGUGGGGAGGGCUAAAACCAUAUGGAGAAUUCCACCUGAGCCUUCACAGCAGCUGGCAGGAAAGGUGAGCCGCAGCUUCGUGCCCUGCAAAGCCCUCUCUGAUGCCACAGACAGGACUCCUAGAGCUGGUGGAACCUGAGCUUCCUUCAGGCAGGUGGUUGCCCAGGCCAGGCUUUGGGAGUGGAUCACCAAGUGACCCACCUGGGAGGGAGGGCCAGGAGGGCAGCAGGAAGCGAGCUGCUGUAAAUACACAGAGCUGAGGGACAGAAGGGACACUCCUACACUGCCAGAGAUGGGUUAGAGAAGGAAACAACUCCCCUGAUGGGGGAUUGCAUCUCGAGUUUCAAUGCAUGCAGCGGCUUGGAAGGGUUUGUCUUCAGCUGGGGUCGGGUAGUAGGGUCAGUGCAUGCAUCUUGGAAGUGGCUGGGAAUGUUUGCUUCAACCAGCUGAAGGAUUGGAGGGAGGGGAAGUUAACCACAGCUGCACUUGCUGGGGAAUAGAAGCUGCUGUCAGAUCAUUUCCUGACUUGCUCAGGGGCACGAUGAAAACCCAAACCCACCUGAACCUGCGUUGAGAACAGAGCAGUACCACUCCCAGGGCUGCUCCUCCUGUGCCCAGGGUUCAGCAUGAAAGGACAGCCCUGGGCUUAAGUUACAGCCCCUUCCAUGCCCUGCUGAGGCCAUCCUCCCACUGCCCUGCUUGCCUCAUCCAGCAGCACUCAGAGAGGCUUUAACCUCCAGCAAACCAGCAUUUGGUGCUGCCUUCAGCAUGGAUUAGCUGCCUGCCUAAAAACGAGGCCCAGGUGUUGCUUCUGCUCUCUUUAUCUCCAACCUCUUUUGCAUUUUCCAAGCACUUUAUUGAUUUCUUUAUGGUUCAGCAAAGCAGCAGC